AUGAAACAAGUCAUUUCAGGGACAUUUUCACUCUUACUAGUAUUGUGCCUUGCCAUUUUCAUUGCACUAUUCAGCGCAACACAUGUUUCAACACAAGGCUCUGGUCAAUACUCUGUAUCGUCCAUUGCUGGCUUUUACCAUGUGGAUGGUUUGAAUAAUAAUUUUCACACCGAAGGUGUGAGUGCCACCUACGCUCCUCUAACCUCAGAGAUUUAUGAUAUGACCUUCGCACAGAAUGGAGACAUGUAUGUGGUCGACCAAAAUUUGAAUCGUGUCUUGAAGGUCGAUGCUACUAGUGGUGCUAUUUCAACUGUGGCUGGAAUCAAUGUGGCAGCCUUCAAUGGAGAUGGAAUGAAAGGUUCAAGAACAGCUCUUACUUAUCCAAGAGGUGUUGCUGUCCUACCCAAUGGAGAUGUAUUGAUUGCUGAUACAAGUGCUCAUCGAGUUCGACGAGUGUUUGCAUCCAAUGGUACAGUAGCAACCUUUGCAGGAUCUGGUGAAGGAGGAUACAAUGGUGACAACAUGCUGGCCACUCAAAUUCAACUCAAAUGGCCUCAAAGUUUGGCAGUGACUUUGAACGGUGAAGUGUUAAUUGCAGAUUCAGGUAAUCAUAGAAUUCUCAAAAUCAUGUUAAAUGGAAUGGCAGUCACUGUGGCUGGUGUCAAUGCAACCGCUGGAUACAAUGGUGACCUUAGAUUGGCCACUCAAGCGUUUCUGAAUUCACCUUUUGGAGUUGCAGUUUCAAAAUCAACAGGAGAAAUAUUUAUUGCAGAUACGAAUAAUCAUCGAAUUCGUAAAGUGUUGAGUAAUGGAAAUAUUGUUACUGUUGCAGGAAAUGGAUUUGAAGGGUACAACGACGAUAACAUUCCUGCUACUCAAGCCAAUAUUGCCUACCCGUACGACAUGGAUAUUUCAUCGAGUGGUGAAAUUUACAUUGUCGACAAUGGAAAUAAUCGUAUUCGAAAAGUGUUAACAAAUGGAAACAUUACCACCUUUGCUGGACGUGGAAUUCAAGGAUUUUCAGGUGCCUUCACUGGAGAUGGCGUUCCAGUCACAUCCUCCACAGAAACAGACUCUCCCAAAGCCAUUGCCAUUUCACCAUUGACAGGUGACGUUUACUUUGCUGAAAGGUAUCGAAUUCGAAAAGUUGUUCUCUCGACCAAUUACAUUUAUACAGUAGCAGGCAGCGGCAAUCCACAAUAUUACGGCGAUGGACUCCAAGCACAGAGUGCAGUCAUAAGUAUUGCCAGCAGUUUUGUGUAUCCUCAUCCUACGAGUGCACAUGUUGAUCCCAAAACUGGCGAUGUUUAUAUUGCUGACAGUGGAGCAGCAGUGAUUCGAAAAAUUCAAAAAUCUACUGGAAUAAUUACCACCAUUGCUGGAUCUUCACAAGGAUACUCCACCGAUGAGACUACUCAGUUAGGACAGCCAGGAGACUACAUUCUCGCAACAAGCGCCAAGCUCGGUACUAAUCUUCCAGGAAUGGCCGUUCAUCCCAUUUCUGGAGAUUUGUAUUUCAUUGAUCAGAGUUACAUCAAAAAGAUUUCAAGUUCUUCUGGAAUUGUGAAUCGAGUAGCAGGAUGGCAGAUUUUAAGUUUCUCUGGAGAUUUUGGACCUGCUCUGUCUGCAACAUUGAAUGAACCUCAAAGUCUUGCUUUUGCUCCAAAUGGAGAUUUGUACAUUGCUGACAAGAUGAAUCGAAGAAUUCGAAAAAUAUUUACAAAUGGAACUAUUGUGACAUUUGCUGGUAAAGAUGCAGAUGCAUCGAAUGAGUAUGCUCCUUAUUCUGGAGAUGGAGGCCCAGCUGCAAAUGCCGUGUUUUUACAACCAAGUGGUGUGGCUGUGACUGCGAAUGGCGAAGUAAUUAUUGCAGAUACAUUGAACAAUCGAGUGAGAAAAGUAUUCACCAAUGGAACUGUCAUUACCAUUGCUGGUACUGGUCCAUCCUUUUACGACGGAGGACGAUACAAUGGAGAUGGAAUGUUAGCUACAAAUGCCACACUCAACAUUCCUACCGGAGUGGCUGUCACUCCCAACGGAGAAGUCAUCAUUGCCGAUACGUACAAUCAUCGAAUUCGAAAAAUCUUACUCAAUGGAACGAUUAUUACCAUUGCUGGAGGUGGUUAUCUGAAAGGUUAUCAUGGAAAUGGAAUUCCUGCUCGAUCUGCCUUACUCAUGUAUCCAAAAGGAGUUUCAGUCGAUUCCAAUAAUGGAGAUAUCUAUGUCUAUGGAGAUUAUGUCUACAAGGUGUGUCGAAUUAGUGCUGCAGAUGGAAUGAUUUACACAUUGGUUGGAAAUGCAAGAUAUGGCUAUGAUUAUGAACGAAUUAAUGUGAAUGGAUAUAAAGACGCGGGAGUUAGCUUUUUUAGUGGAGAUGGGUUGAAGGCAACGAUGGCUCAAAUGUAUGGUCCUAGAGGGUUGUUUGUGAAUUCUGUGAAUGAGGAUGUAUGGAUUGCAGAUUCUGGAAAUAAUCGAAUUCGAAAAGUGACAGCAACGAGUGGAAUAAUGACCACUGUUGCUGGAGGAGAAGGGUAUAUGGGAUCGUAUCCAGAUAAUGGUUCGAAAGCAACGAUGGUAUUGUUGCAGAAUCCAAUUGGAAUUUGGAUGAAUCGAAAGAAUGGUGAAUUUGUUAUUGCCGAUUCUGGUAAUUCCAAAAUAAGAAAAAUUGAUGGCAAUGGAAAUAUGUUUACAAUUGCUGGAAAUGGAACAGCUGGUUACAAUGGAGACGGAAUUCUAGCAACAUUGGCUCUAUUCAACCAAUCUUCGAGCGUGUUUGUUUCCGAAGCCACCAAUGAUGUCUACGUUGCAGACACUGGAAAUCAUAGAAUUAGAAAAAUUUCAGCAAGCACUGGAAUUGUCACUACCAUUGCUGGAACGGGUGUAGCAGGUUACAAUGGUGAUCAAAUACUGGCCACAAGUGCCAUGUUGAACUCUCCAAAUUCUGUCUAUGUGACAAGUAAUGGAGAAGUCUAUUUUGCAGAUUCUUGGAAUCAUCGUAUUCGAAAAAUUUUCACAAACGGAACCAUUAUUACCAUUGCUGGAAAUGGUGUGCCAGGAUUUAGUGAUGGAACCAAUUCACAGGCAAUCUAUGCUCAGUUGAACACACCUUUGGGUAUUUUUGUGUUAGAACAAACUGGAGAGGUCUAUAUUUGUGACACUUACAAUCAUCGAAUUCGAGUUGUGAAUUCUUUUGGAACCAUUUCCACCAUUGCAGGUCAUUACUAUUACGGAUACAAUGGAGAUGCUACAUCCGCUCUCGAAACCUAUUUCAAUUACCCGACCAAUAUCCAUGUCUCAAAUACCACUCGAAGAAUUUAUGUCUCAGAUUAUUUGAAUCAUCUCGUGAGAAUGUUAGAACCGUUGUGUGGUUCAGGACAAGUCUAUGAUCCAUCCUCAUCGAAAUGUGUACAAGAUGUGUAUUGCUAUGGAGUGAGUGCUUUUACUUGGAGUGUUUGUUCAGGUCACGGUUCCUGCAUUUCCGAAAACAAUUGUCAAUGCCAAAACGGAUAUUUUGGUACCACUUGUCAAAUUACUCAAUGCAAUUCCAAACUCAGUAACGACUCUUCUGUAUGCAGUUCUCAUGGAUCCUGUGUUGCAUUGAAUUCAUGUUCGUGCAUUUCUGGAUGGACAGGUCUCAACUGUGAACAAUGUGUUGGAAACAAUUGUGGAGGAGGAAAUAACAACGAAAGUCAAAUUUUCACAUGCAAUGGAACACUCUCCAAUUCCACCUCUGUAUGCAAUGGAAAUGGAAAUUGCACCAAUUCUGAAACGUGUCAAUGCAUGAAUGGAUUUUCUGGCAAGUAUUGUGAAAGAUCUCUCAAUUCGGAUCCAACCAUUGCGGAAUGUUUGGUCAAUGGAUUGAGUUGUGGUGCAUUGGCUGGAAUUGUGGUUGGUUCUGUCGUUGGAGGGUUGCUUGUGGUGGGAAUUGUGAGUGCGGUGAUUGGUAUACUUGUGUAUGUUGUGAAAAAGAAAGGACAGGUCGACCUGAAUGGAUCGAUUGCCAAUUCGAAUAAUGUCGAAUUGAGAAAUGUUUGA